CAGCGGACCUGGACUUCGCUCGAGUUUCAAAACCCGUUAAAAGUGGAAUGUUCUAACGGAUCCAGAAUGAUUUCUCAUUCGAGCGUCUGCGUUCUGAGCGCAUUCUCCGUGAAGCCCAAUGGAAGAAGGAUGCAUGUUGACAGACUACAGCUGAGGGACACCAUGCACCCAGGAUCGGGUUAUGGAUUAUAGCAGCCUGCUGCUGCUGAUUGGAGUAAUUUCCUCGGUCCCGGCCCGACCCACCGACUUCUGGUGCAACCGGCAAGCCAGGAAAAAUAUGGAGAAAACGACUGAGGGGCUGAGUGCAGACGUGGUCACCUGCGUGGGUGCAGACACUCUGCCCUCCCCGGUACAGCUGCCAUGUGUUCUGGUGCACGCAACACAAUGGGCAAAUAAAACGCUGCAGCAGAAGCGUGCCGAGGUGUUCGGGGCCCUGCGGGUGUUUCUGGACGGCGUCCAAGGGGCGAAGAACCGGUCCACGUCGAAGUGCCAGACCUCGUUGUUGGGGAGACUGGAGCGUCACGUGACUAACUACGUGGCCAUCGUCGGGGGGCUUCGCGUACGGAACGGCACAACGACGCCGCCUCGCCGCGCAGUGCAGACCUGCUCCAGCGUGACCUCCACCAGCUCCGUGCUGAAGCAGUACGGGAACCUCCUCAAGGGAAAGCUGGAGCGCCUCGCCGUCGACCUCCGAGACGACGUCUGCGGAGCGGAACGAGGGACGACCGCGACCGAAGGGCCGUCGCCGAGGACCCGAUGAGAACAGCACCGGGAUCGAAUGAUGGCUUGUUUAUUUUCGCCCGUUUGUACUGGAAACGAGGACGAUGUAGAAACCAGUGAGUGGCGUUGAAAGCCAAAGGAGGGAACAAUAGUUUUGAGUUGAAUGCCAUAAAAACAAAAGGAAACCACACAAGGAGCGAUGGUUUCUACCGUCAAAAGGCGAAGAAAAACUAAAAGGACAAACACAACGUUUUUUAGCAGGAAAAACCUCA